AUGUUUCCAGCACUGCUAACCACAGCUAUUAUAAUAUGUGCUGUUGAUAUAUUGUUACGUGCUAUGAAAAAGAGUCAAGCAUUAGCUUUUAUUGCUGGUGGUAGUUAUUUGAUAAUGGUAAAAAAUAAAACAAAGGUUAUGAUUUGUUUAUAUCGAUUUUUUACUGUAAGGAAUGCUUUAACUAGUAUACCUAAAUCUAAAUUACCUAUUAGUAAGGAAUAUUUAUCAAAGUCUGUGAAUAAUUUAAUUACAAAUGAACUUAAUCAUGUUUCAAUGAUUGCUUGGUCUGGUGAGCCAAGACCUGAAGAUAAUGGUCAAAUAGGUUGGGGUUGUCCUGGUUCUUCAUAUGAAAAUAUCCAUUUUCAAACAUCAAUUGUUGAUACAUUUGGAUUAAUUGAACAAGCAGCAUUAAAACAUUCACUAUCUCUAAAACGACAUCCUACUAUGUCAGUAAAAAGAUAUAUAGAUUUUCUUAUUGAAAGUAAAGUAAUUGAUGAUACAUUGGGACAUGCUUAUGUUGAGAGAUAUGAAUGGGCUCGAUUUAGCAAUGAUGAAAUUCCAGAAGAAAAAUAUAGAGAGUUUAUGAAAAUUGUGUUGAGAUUGUUAAGACAAUUGGAUUACAGUGCGGAAUGA